UUUUCUUUGUGUUUGUGCUGACAGGGAGCAGCAAGGAUCUGGGAACCGUCUGUGAGAGAGUUUGGUCAUGGGUAAACAGAACAGCAAGUUGCGACCCGAGGUCCUCAAUGACCUGCGGGAGAACACGGAGUUCACGGACCACGAGCUGCAGGAGUGGUACCGUGGCUUCCUGAAGGACUGCCCGUCUGGCCAUCUCACGGUAGAGGAAUUCAAGAAGAUCUACGCCAAUUUCUUCCCCUAUGGUGACGCUUCAAAGUUUGCGGAGCACGUCUUCCGCACCUUUGACACCAACGGCGAUGCCACCAUCGAUUUCCGGGAGUUCAUUAUCGCCCUGAGCGUGACCUCGCGCGGAGGCCUGGAGCAGAAGCUCCGCUGGGCCUUCAGCAUGUACGAUCUGGACGGCAACGGAUAUAUCAGCCGAGCUGAAAUGCUGGAGAUCGUACAGGCAAUUUAUAAAAUGGUGUCAUCUGUGAUGAAGAUGCCCGAGGACGAGUCGACACCAGAGAAACGCACAGAUAAGAUAUUCCGACAGAUGGAUACGGACAACGAUGGCAAACUCUCUCUGGAAGAAUUCAUCAAAGGUGCCAAGAGUGACCCCUCUAUUGUCAGACUACUGCAGUCUGACCAAAGCACCUCUCGACAGUUAUGAAUACAGAUCUUGAAAGCUGAAAGGAAACCAUUCAGA